AUGCCUGCUCUGGCAGCAAUUUUGCAGCGCUCGCCCGUGAUUGUCCAUACUUUGGUGCUAUUUGUGGCCAUCUUCGGACGCUGGCUUUUUCCCUACGUAUUGGCCGGAUUAUUUCUAGCCACCAACAUUGCGUUCGUUUGCAGUCAAGCACGAAUGGCAUACGGCAUGAUUCGAUGCUACUUUGGAGUUCGGGACCACUGGAGGAAAGACUAUUGGGCAAUCUAUCAAAAUGGGCUCCGAACCGCAUCACCCGAGGCCCUCAACACUCGAUAUACUCCUCUCACGCUUCCGCAAAUCAUCAUCAUCCCAUCCUACAAGGAGGAUGUUGAGACACUUCGCCAAACGCUCGCUAUUCUUGGCUCCCACCCGUUAGCGCCAUACAGCUACAAAGUCGUAUUGGCUAUGGAGGAAAGAGAAGCGGGCGCCGCGUUCAAAGGCAAGAAGCUGGCACAAGAAUUUUCGGCCCAGUUCUUGCAGAUUAUCGUCACGUUGCACCCUCCAAACAUCCUCGGCGAAGUACCUGGAAAGGGCAGCAAUGUGCGUUGGGCUGCACGAUGGGCGAUCGAGCAACAUUCCAUGGAAUUGGAAUCACAAGGAUGUUCGCCAGGCAUGUGUGAUGGUAUCCUUACUGCCAUGGAUGCAGACACUGCGUUUGCUGCAGACUACUUCCUGGACGCCGCAGUCCGCUACCUGCUCGCGCCGCCAGCCACACGCCGUCAGAUGAUGUUCGUGCCACCCAUCCUCUUCGACCGUAAUCAAGGGGAAGUUCCCGCCGUCACGCGUGUUACCGACAUCAUGUGGUCGACAGCCGGUAUCAGUGGCAUCUAUCCCUCGUCGACUAUCAAGAUCCCAACGUCGGCCUAUAGCAUGAGCCUCACGCUCGCCACGCACGUGGGCUUUUGGGAUGCAGGUCCAUCUGCGAUUGGGGAGGAUAUGCACAUGUUCUGCAAGGCGCUCUUUGAUACCAAGGGACACUUGCACAUCGAGACAAUCUACUCGCCCGCGAGUCAAUGCAAUGUCGUCGGCUCGGUAGAUGCUAGCAAGGAUGGUCGAUUUGCGGCCUUUUGGAGCUGUUGUCACGCCCGUUGGGCUCAGGCUGUUCGACACAUGUGGGGAUCACUUGACACUGGUUACGUGUUCUAUCGUCUCCUAACGGGUGAUUUUGGCGUUUCGGACGAACGAGUAUUUGCAAAUCGUCUUCAGAGGCUCGAAAUGCGACAGGCUAUUACCAAGGUCAACGGAUAUACCAACCAAAUUGCUGCUACUGCUGCAAAGAAUCGACCACCAACCCGCUUCAUGUGCAGCGACAGCGAUGCAUCGUCUGCGGCGACGAGUGACGAGGAAGAAUCGAUGGGUUUCUCUGGAAAAGUCACACGAUUUGGGACUCGUGAGGCAUCGGAGUAUUCUUUCACUUCAAAUGAGGACGACGAGUACCAGAUGGAGGAGUUGCCAUCUCUCGGGCGGAGUUCCAGCGAAAAGUCGAUCCCUGGAUCCCACAAAAAAGUGAAAAUAUUCCCAUUCUUGAUACUCGUCACCAGGGUUUACGAGGCGCACCUCAUGCUUGCGCACCUCGUUAUCCUUAUCAAUGUUCUCGCGAUAUGGCCCACAAUUUCCGCCUUCCUUCACAAACAGCUUGCACUUCAAACUAAUGCUUGGGGACGAAGCCCACUUCCCGUUGAUGGUGGUCAACUUGGAUGGGCCACCCUUGCUCUUCCCUGGGUACACGAUGACGAGAUUAUAACCGUCGUGACCUCGAUAUGCAACAAAUUCGGCAUCUUCGGAGCUGUAGCAUCCUUGAUCACGUUCGUAAUGCACGACUUAUAUCACCGAGAAGCAGGUAAGCGAUGGCUGACCGCUACUCGUCAACCGAUCAACGGCCCUAUCGCACUCCCAAUUACCCCAAGCCCUGACCAACUUGAGCUCGGAACAUUCGAGACAUCGGGUACCCCCGCACCAUUCAAUCAGUUCGACUUGGGAAUGCGACCUGCCCCUUCCUCUUCGCGCAAGCUCCCAUGGUGCCUCUUGGAUUAUUUGGCAGUACCUGGGGGACUCGCUUUUGGAGUUGCACCUUUGGUCUACGCGCAGGUUUGUCAUAUCUGGACCGACAAGCUUGCAUACAAGGUUUCUGCAAAGCCGCAGGCUACUCGAUAA